UUGGGAAGAAGGUGUUCCGUGUUCGGGUUAUUGGGGCGGGAUCCUGGUCUGGAGGUGGUGCGGUGUAACCGGGACACACGGGACAGGGAGUGAGAGACAGAGACACACACACACACAGACGGGAGGAGAGCGCUCGGGGAUGUGAGGAACUGCCAACUUAGUGCUGAGUGAUCCAAGGAGACAGACACAGGACAGAGGAUGGUGGAUACACAAGUGCCCCUGUGGCCGGGGGGCUUUGGGUUGAGCGGGUUGGACAUGCUGGAGCUCAGGGAUCGCCCCCUCGCCCUCUCCCUGCCCCUCCCCUUGGAGGGCAAGCCAUUCGGCAGUGUGGAUGUCUGCGGGGUGGUCUCGGCAUGUUACCAUCAGGCCCCCGGCCCCCAGAGGCUCGAGGACACAUCGUGCGACUCACAAUAUGAUGACAACAGCCCAGCAGGCAGGUUUAAGAUGGAGCUGAACUCUGUAUGUGAGCUGUCUGGGAAAGGAGCCAAGUCGCUCGAAGAGACGUCAAAUCCAGGGCUGUCCAUCGAGUGCCGAGUGUGCGGAGACAAGGCCUCCGGCUUCCACUAUGGGGUGCACGCGUGUGAGGGGUGUAAGGGAUUUUUCCGGAGAACCAUCCGGCUGAAGCUGAUGUAUGACCGCUGUGACCUCAACUGCCGGAUCCAGAAGAAGAACCGGAACAAAUGUCAGAGCUGCCGCUUCCGCAAGUGCCUCUCCGUCGGCAUGUCACACAAUGCUAUCCGGUUUGGCCGGAUGCCGCAGUCGGAGAAGGAGAAGCUUUUGGCCGAGAUCAGCGGAGACGCCGAGCGGCUGAACCCCGAAGCGGCCGAUCUCCGGACUCUGGCCCGGCACAUGUUUGAGUCCUACUGCAAGUACUUCCCCAUCACCAAGGCCAAGGCUCGAGCCAUCAUGACCGGAAAAGCGGGAGAUAAGUCGCCGUUUGUGAUCUACGACAUGAGCUCGCUGAAGGCUGGGGAGGAGUGUAUCACAUUCCGGCAGCAGGCGUCCGUGCCCCCCCACGGCACCGCGGUGGAGAUUCGCAUCUUCCAGCGCUGCCAGUUCCGCUCGGUGGAGGCCGUGCGGGAGAUCACGGAAUUCGCCAAGUCCAUCCCGGGCUUCGUGUCGCUGGACUUGAAUGACCAGGUGACGCUGCUGAAGUACGGGGUACACGAGGUGAUCUUCACCAUGCUCGCCUCCCUCAUGAACAAGGACGGGCUGCUGAUCGCCGCUGGGCAGGGCUUCAUGACCCGCGAGUUCAUCAAGAGCCUCCGUGAGCCAUUCUGCCACAUGCUGGAGCCCAAGUUCGGCUUCGCCGUCAAGUUCAACUCCCUGGGCCUGGACGACGGGGACAUUGCAGUCUUCAUCGCCAUCGUCAUCCUCAGCGGAGACCGCCCCGGGCUGGUGAAUGUGAAGCCGAUCGAGGAUUUACAGGACAGUCUCCUCCAGGCUCUGGCCCUGCAGCUGAAGCUCAACCACCCGGACUCCCCUCACCUCUUCGCCAAGUUACUGCAGAAAAUGACUGACCUGCGGCAGAUAGUGACUGAACAUGUGCAGCUCCUGCACACCAUCAGGAAGACAGAGGGAGAGAUGAACCUGCACCCACUUCUGCAGGAGAUCUACAAGGAUCUGUAUUAAAGUCCCGCCUCAAGUCCCUCCUCUUCGACCAUGCCAUCGCUCACUCCCCUUCCUCUC